AACAUUACAUUUUUGGACAAUAAGUGGAUUUCGACAAACGAUGGCCAACCAACUUGUUAACGGCAACGAUUUCGUACACAUUACGGCUGACCAAGAUGAUUUCAUCGACGUUUUGGACUUCAAGGAGGAGCCACUAAUGAUCUCCGAGGAGGACAUGAGCAGCCACGCCUCUGAGAUUGAGGGGGACAUGCCUCCGGGUGAAGAAUUGCAAGGAAUUGAAGGUGGUCUCGCGGUUCUGGUGGCAGCCAUUGAGACUUUCAAAACACAAGAUGGAUAUAUUUCCGGUGAUCAUUUUACCCCAGAGCCCGUAGAACCAGCAGGUGAAAUUGCGGAAGAGAUAGAAACCGGAUUUUUCGAACGACAUGGCGAUCAUUUGCAGCAAAACGAUAACACCUACAACGUGAUCUCCUCUGAGUGUUUUUCCCAUCCCUCUGAAGAAGUAUCCCAGAUGACGCAACUGAUCCGUUUUCAAAACGAGACUAUCGUUUACCAGUCGUACUCGCCACCCUCGAUCCCCAAUUCACAUGUCUGCCAUUGCCGCCACAAUCACAGCCGCAUCCUGGAGGACGACUGCGAAAUCGAUAUGAUGGAGGUGGCCUGCAUCCUGCUCAAUUCGGCGGCUGCUCAAAUGAGUCCCCCUGUUCAGGUGGACGAAGAUACGGUGCGAACCAUUGCCGACGGCCUGACCUCGGCCACGGACUUCACGGCGGGGGAGGGGAUUCCGCUGAUCGGACGCCAGGGGGUGGGUCGCCUGGUCGCCGCCAUUAUCCUGGAGAGGGAGUCGGGCAUCCUUCUGGCCUACGCCGUGGCCCAAUUGGUGCCUCAGGCUCUGAUCGACGGCAUCACAGGGGACGUGACAGGCAUGAUGCUCCAUCAGGUAACUCGCGGAUUCGGAGUCAACGACAACUACCGUCGCAUCAUCACCGAUAACUCCGGACCCGUCCUCUUGUUGGUCAACCAAAUUCCAAACUAA